AAAACCUCCAGGCAUGUUUAAAUCACUUAUAUCAGCCCUGGUUUCCAGUCUGCAUCCUCUGCUCUCUCCUCUCUCUCUCUCGCUCUCUCUCUGUAUCGGCUGGCGUAUUGGCUCUGGUGGACUUGGAAAUUUAGAAAGGACUAGUCUCUCUCUCUCUCUCUGUGAGAGGGUUUGUCUUUAAGUGUCUAACUAGACCUCCCUGUCCCAAACUUGAAAAGUUUCCCCAGUUUCUGUAGCCACUGACCCCUAACAACCGUCAACCAUGGAAGCCAUCAAGAAGAAGAUGCAGAUGCUGAAGCUGGACAAAGAGAACGCCAUCGACCGAGCGGAGCAGGCAGAGACCGACAAGAAAUCAGCUGAGGACAAAUGCAAACAGUUGGAAGAUGAGCUGCUGGGGCUGCAUAAGAAGCUGAAGGGGACAGAAGAUGAGUUGGAUAAAUACUCUGAGGCUCUGAAGGACGCACAGGAGAAACUGGAGCUGUCAGAGAAGAAGGCUACUGACGCGGAGGGCGACGUGGCUGCUCUGAACCGUAGGAUUCAGCUGGUGGAGGAGGAGUUGGACAGGGCUCAGGAGAGGCUGGCCACUGCCCUGCAGAAACUAGAGGAGGCAGAGAAGGCUGCUGACGAGAGUGAGAGAGGCAUGAAGGUGAUAGAGAACCGAGCCUCCAAGGAUGAGGAGAAGAUGGAGAUCCAGGAGAUGCAGCUGAAGGAGGCCAAGCACAUUGCUGAGGAGGCUGACAGGAAGUACGAGGAGGUUGCUCGUAAGCUGGUCAUCCUAGAAGGGGAACUGGAGAGGGCCGAAGAGCGAGCAGAGAUCUCUGAGCUUAAAUGUGGUGACCUGGAGGAAGAACUGAAGAAUGUAACUAACAACCUCAAGUCCCUAGAAGCUCAGUCUGUUAAGUAUUCAGAAAAAGAAGACAAGUAUGAGGACGAAAUCAAAGUGCUGAGUGACAAACUGAAAGAGGCUGAGACUCGUGCUGAGUUUGCAGAGAGAUCGGUGGCUAAACUGGAAAAGACCAUUGAUGACUUAGAAGAUGAACUGUACUCUCAGAAGCUGAAGUACAAGGCCAUCAGUGAGGAGCUGGACCAUGCCCUCACUGACAUGACCGCCAUAUAGAUUACCUUUAACCUUUCACACUUCACUUAUGCCCAAUCGAAAUGGGACGCGUUCACCUUUUCGCCUCGUCUUUUCUCUUUUCCUCCCUUCCUUUAUUUUCUUCUCUCUUCGCCUCUCUUAUCUUCUCCUCUCUUCUAUUGCAUUCUCUUAUUUUAUCUUCUCUUCGUGCCUUUUCUGUCUUGUUGUGAGACCUUUUCUGUAAAAUCAAAGUUUCAAUAAAAUUUGACCUGUUCUAUGCACUUCCUCUCCUUGAAUCCUUACUUUGCAAAUCUGCUACCUCAACUUUACUGCUUUUAUCCUCUCCUUUUCUGCUGAUCAAUAUUUAUUUUUAUUUAACUAUCAACUAAAGAACAACAAAACAGUUUACAGGUGCAGUCAUUACACGUUUUGUCUUCGCAAUGUCUGUGUCCCAGUAAAUCUCAUAAAGAGAUAUCAAAGGGGACCGAAUUUCUCAAGUUUGAAUAUUACAACUUUU